AUAUGACCCUUUUCCGCUCCCUAAAUCAUACACUUCAUAGUCUAAACUCUUUCUGCAAAGAACCAAACAAAGGCAAAUUCGACUUCCGCUCCACCGAUUCCUAAACUCAGUUUCUUUCUACAGUUCCAUAACUAUAUCAGAGGAGUAUGGAAUCCAACAGAGGCAGCCAGAACGGAAUUCAACUCCUUUUAGGUGCAGAGCAAGAAGCUCAACAUAUAGUCAAUGCUGCCAGGACUGGAAAACAGGCUAGAAUGAAACAGGCAAAGGAAGAAGCUGAGAAGGAGAUAGCUGAAUUUCGUGCUUAUAUGGAGGCCGAGUUUCAGAGGAAUGUUGAACAGACUAGCGGUGAUUCGGGUGCUAAUGUCAAACGCCUUGAGCAAGAAACAUUUGCAAAGAUCCAGCACUUGAAGACAGAAGCUGAAAGUAUCUCCCACGAUGUUGUCCAGAUGCUACUGAGGCAGGUGACCACAGUAAAGAACUAAGAUCAUCCGUGAACUGGAUCAAAUUUGAUUAUCAUUCUGCAGAUUCUUGCUCCAUUUGUGUUGUAAUUUUAUUAAUCACUAUCGGUUAUCUUGGCCCUAGUCGAAUAAAAGAACUAAUUUACUGAUUUUCUCUAAAUUUUAGAAGAGAAUCCCAGGGUCUUAAUACGUUGAUUCAAUUAUUUAUUACUAGCAUGGAGGUUCAUCAUCUAUAUAGAACUUUUUUUUUGUUGACA